AUGGACAGGUGGAUUGUGGUGGACGGUGAUGGGGCAGGGCGGUUUGUACCGCAUGCGAACGAGCAAGUGAUGCAGCCGCAAUACACGGGGUUGCGGCUGUACAACGGCGACGACACCACAGACUGCGAUGACGGCCUUCUCACGCUCACCUCGCACCGGCUGGUGUGGGAGGACCGCGAGGGCAAGCACGGCAGCAGAUGGCUGUACAUGCCACUCUCGCUCAUCUCACACACGGAGUUCAUCGAACGCUUCUUCACCCGCAGCCCCAAGGUGAAGCUGCUGCUCUUCUCCAAUCCAAACGGGCACGGCCCUGCCAGCUACAGCGCACCCGGAAUGUCGGAGCGGCACUUUGUGCUCCUCUCCUUCCGUCAGAGCAGCUCGUCCGAGGUGCGCCAGUUCCGGCAGCUGCUCACAAACGUCCUGCACGCCAAGACGUGGCGUGCCCUGCCCGUGCCCUUGGACCCGCCGGCACAGCACCCACAGUCAGGAGGACAUACACAGCAGCAACAGCCAGGACACACACAGCACCAACAACAGCCAUCGAGGUCACAGGCGCAAACCCAACCACACCAGGAGCAGCGCGCUGUUGGCAUCGCGGGGAUUCUUCAGCGAGAUAAGCAACGAUUAGAAGCCGCAGAGCGCUCCAUCAAGGACGCGUUCAGCGGAGACUUGAAAGUGCUGGAGGCAAAGGCGAAGCAGCUUGUGGAGUUGGCAGAACGGUACACGCAGACGUUGGCCGCAUCAAGCGGUGGCGAUGGCAAUGGUGAUGAUGGCGGUGGUGAUGAGGAUCAACGCGCAUUGCAGAACGUCAUCCUGCAACUAGGCAUUGCCAAUCCCAUCACAAAGAAGCAGUUCAAGUCAGCAACGCGCUACCACCAAGAGCUUGCGCGGGAGCUGGCCACCGUAUAUGAAGCCGCACUCAAGGCGACGCGUGGCGGGAUGCUGCUGCUUGCCGAUGCGUUCUGUGUUGCAAACAGGGUGCGGGGCAUUGACCUCGUGUCGCCGCAAGAUGUGCUCAAGGCGUGCGAGGCCAUGGAGGCGCUGGCCCUGCCCGUGCGGUUACGAGCGUUCAAGAGCGGCGUGCUUGUGGUGGAGCUUGCCACGCGCUCCGAUGAGCAGCUGGUUGCAGAGGUGAAGGAGAUGGCGAGCGCUGACGGGUUUCUCACGGCGAGCCGCCUGGCCACCCGCAACAACAUCAGCGUCGUGCUGGCGGCGGAGCAGCUGCUGCUUGCGGAGGCGGAGGGCGCCCUGUGCCGUGAUGAUGCGGUGGAAGGCCUGCGCUUCUAUCCAAACCGCUUCCUCCACCCAGACACAGGCUCAUAA